GGACCUCAAGGAUAACAUUCCUGUCCUUUCCAUUGGCCGCCCCGCUGCUGCAAGCCUCUUCCCGUCUUAUUUUGAUGAUGAAUAUGAAGGCAUGCUAAGCUGUGCCGGAGAGCAGCUCUCGCCGACUACGCUCCCACCCCGGGCUCAAGGGCUCCAGAGCUCCCCGGCUGCUUCCCCUGCCCACUGCCAGCAGCAGCAGCAGCAGCAGCAGCAGCAGAGCAGGAGCAGCAGCAACGCCAAAAGUUGUGAUGCUUUUCUUCACCCAGUGCUUUGGGGCUGUGUUAGAUCUUAUUCACCUGCGGUUUCAGCACUACAAGGCAAAGAGGGUUUUCUCGGCUGCCGGGCAACUUGUCUGCGUCGUCAACCCAACACACAGCCUCAAGUAUGCACCGACCCGCUGUGCAGCUGUGCAGGCGUCCAUGGAGCAAGGCAUCCUUCCUCCCUGCCAUCACCACGAAGCGGUGCACGACCCUCAGCUGGUCCCCUGCACGUGCCCACUCUUCUCCUGCCCGUGGGAAGGGCAUCUGGAGGUGGUGGUGUCCCACCUGAGGCAGACCCACCGCAUCAACAUCCUUCAGGGCGCGGAGAUUGUCUUCCUGGCCACGGACAUGCACCUGCCCGCGCCCACGGACUGGAUCAUCAUGCACUCUUGCCUUGGCCACCAGUUUCUGCUGGUCCUCAGGAAGCAGGAGAAGCACGAGGGCCACCCCCAGUUCUUUGCCACGAUGAUGCUGAUCGGCACGCCCACCCAGGCCAACAACUUCACCUACAGGCUGGAGCUCAACAGGAACCAGAGGCGCCUCAAGUGGGAGGCGACGCCCAGGUCGAUCCUGGAGUGUGUUGACUCUGUCAUUUCGGACGGGGAUUGCCUCGUGCUGAACACUUCCCUGGCUCAACUCUUUUCUGACAAUGGAAGCCUAGCGAUAGGAAUCGCCAUAACCACCAGCAAAGUUCACAGCUCCGAAGCUGAAAUGUGAUGGGGAGGAGGAAGAGGAGGAGGAACCACAGCAACAACUAUGGUGCUCUAGCUGCCUUCUGAGAGCCAGAACUCGCGGACUUUUUAUGGGGGGGGUCUCGGGUCUUUUAUGGUAUUUAGUACUUGUCCACAGUGGGCAUUAUGUAAACAUCCCGUGGUUACGGUCCCUGUGUCAUGUAUUUACCGUUUUGCUAAUACAAUUUUAUGAGAAAUUUUAAAGAGGCUAAUCAAUUUAUUGUCGCCCUCCAGCAGCCCUGGAAACAACACUUGUUAGUGAAAAGUGCACCCAGGGAGACUGGCAGAAACCUUUGGUCUGACCAUGUUAUGCAAAUAUGUUUCCUUCAUUGCCUGCCUAAGGGACCAAAGGCACCUGUGCCUGAUGAAAGGUCAAGUAUUCCACUAGGGGACAAGAGCACCCAGGUUUCCAUAUCAGCUAUAGUGAUUUAACUCCUGUAUUUUGGGCACAGCCAAGCCCUGGCGGAGCUGGCAGUUUCAGAGCUCCCUUCAGCUUCUGAGGAAACAACUUUCUCACUCAAACAGUGAAAACUUAGAAGAAAAAGUCACCUCCUCUGCCGAGCAGAGGGCUUGGAAGUCUCAUCUUGCAUUAAACUGGGAAAGGCAUCUAGUGGUUGGGCACUGUUAAAUCUCACAUGGUUAAAUCUCACUCUUGUAUCAUAAACAGCAGGGAGAGGCUGCUAGAUGGUCUGGCCAUAGGAUGGAUAUAACCAUACUCAGCCAUUGGGGCAUUCAUCUUUUUAGCUGCUGCAGAAAAUAAAGCAUGGAAGGGUCUUAAGCUGGGUACUGAUCUUGCUACUGAAUUCUGUGCCAGUUGGACCCUCAGUUUGUGCUGCUAAAUUUUGAUGCACCGCAAUAUAGAUAGGACAGCUAUUUGCAAAUUGGCUACGAGAUUUGACAGGCACUCCUUUGAAAAAAAAAACUCAACUUUUUUUGCCUUGCAUACAUUUUGUGGGGUGGUGGUGAGGGGCGUCUGUCACUUUCUUCUCCUGAGGAUAUUUCACAAACAGUGAUGGUCACAAAAAGACACGGGCUACUCUAAGAGCUUCUCCCUUGGGUGGCUCCUUGGGGAGAGUUGGAGGCAGGUGGUGGCCAUCUCCUGUCACUCAUUCCCAUCUGCAGUCAGGCCUGUUUCCUCCACAGCCAACAGCAGCAGUGAAAUCCCACUGCAGUAGGUGACGUGUGGAAGGAGGGGGCUCAGCAGAUAGUGUGACACAUGAGAAGCAUGGGAAAGUGUCUUUUCCUGUUUUCCCUUCUGCCUGUGUGUGGCUGUGGUCUGGCUGCUCCUGAAUGCUUUUUCAAGAAACAUCUGGUGGGUUGGGCCAGUUAGUAGCUAGAGACUGAGACUCAUAGUUUGAGCCCCUUGGAAAACCAAGGAAGGAGGGGAAACAGUCUAAGAGCAGUCCUUCAGUGUUUCAAAAUGCAUCUCACUCUAGCUCUGGGUAGGCAAAAACACUGAUGCUGAUCUCUCCCACCCGUUGCUCUCCUGAGGAUUACUAUAAAUGAUGCAUGAAGUAAAAUGAAUUGUAGUUUUCCUGAGAUGAAUGCCAUGCAGGUAAAUGACUUCUGAGGCAUAGAUGCACCUCACCUCCCUACCUGGAUUUUCACAGCAGGUCAGAGAAGGGUGAGGAUCUCUUCAACAGGCUGCUCAAACUGAAGUCUGAGGAAGUCUCAGUCUCUGCAAGAAGGCACUGGAGCACAGCUUCCCAGCUCUCCCAUCUCUGAAUUUAGGGGGCCAAGGGUGGCACACUGAUUUGCAGAGCCUCACUGGAACAGGCAGGCUGGCUUUUUCCCUGCGGUGUUAAAUAUUCAGGACCAGCAAAUGCUGCCCUUUCCCUAAAUGAUAGCAAUAAAUAAAUCAUUGGUGUUUUUGUGGACUGAAACUGGCUUCUCCAGCUCCUCUAACAAUUGUUCU